UUCCAGGUGAUGAUGGAGACGUUCCAGAGGCCGCUAGUAGCCAUGUGGGCCUCAAAUCCUGAUACAGAUGUGAUGAUGUCUGGAGCAGCUCAGUGUGAAACUCCCGGAGGAGGGCCAGAGCCCUCCAGCUCUCCAUACCCUGCUAUCCAGAGGCAGGUGUCCUGGUCCUGGGUCCUGGCUGGAGAUUUCCCGAAGCCCAUCUCCCCUGAUGCCCCUGAAUGCAGUCUCCUGAUCUUUUUCCCUAGAGCUCUCUCCUCCCUCCACAAGCCGGCCUGGGAGCCCCCAGCCCAAGGAGUCUUUGGCAUUUCCUGCUUCCUGAACAGCUGGAACGGCUGGCCUCUUGGGAGGAGGGCAGAGCAGGGGACCAGGCGCCCUGGGGUGGCUGGCUCAGGGCCCGACAUUGAUCACACAAGGAGAGAACCUGAAUGGUGUGUCAUCCAGAGCCAUGGAAGGAGGUCAGCCAAGCCCCCGACCUGCCCAGGUUCUCUCAGGGGGCAUGGUCUCCUCACCGGUGAGGGCUGUCAUUCGUCUGCGUCGGAGAUUCCGGAUCUUGCGCAAGAGCCGAAUGCGAUCCAACCUCCCUGGGGAGUCGUCCCUGGCUCUGACCCCAUCCCCAUCCCGGCUGCUUCAGAGACAGAUCUCCCUAGACCGGGCCAAGCUGAGCAGCACCCCUGUGUCCCACCUCCCUCACCGCAUGAACUUUGAGAAGCCCCAGUAUUUCACCUUCGAGGCCCCUGUGGAAUCGUCCUUCCGGAGGAAGAAGAAGCGCCGUAAAUCCCGGGUUGUGUUGUACCCAGAAAGUUCUCGGAAAUACCUCCCGACCGAGCAGAAGAGCAAGGCCAAACGCUGCUUGCUUCUGCUGGUGGCCAUUGUCUUUGUUCAAAUUCUCAAUGCCAUCGAGAACCUUGAUGACAACUUGCAGAAGUAUGACCUAGAUGGGCUAGAGAAAGCCCUCCAGAGGGGUGUGUUUGGCCAGAAGGCCGCCAUGAACAGCAUCAUGGAACUGUUGCGGGAUUAUUUGGCCACGCACAUUCAUAGCCAGCCACUGGUCAUCUCGUUCAAUGGCCCAAGCGGAGUGGGCAAGAGCCAUGUGGGCCGGCUGCUGGCGAAACACUUCCGUUCAGUGAUGGAGGGGGAUUUUGUGUUGCAGUAUUAUGUGAUGCAUCACUGCCCAGACUAUCAAGAGGGCCUAGUCUGCCAGCAGGACCUGUCUGAGCGGAUCACUGACAUGGUGACCCGGGCAGAGGUAGAAGAAAAGAUUCCUGUGUUCAUCCUGGACGAGGUAGAGUUCAUGUCCCCAGGCCUGCUAGACACUCUGCAUGGCUUCCUCCAGCCUCAGCAAUCCAAUGAGUUUCUCAAUGCCAUCUAUGUGCUCAUCAGCAGCAUUGGCGGCAGUGAGGUCACACGCUUCACUCUGCACACCGUCUCUAGCAAGCUGACCCCACAGCACCGCAGGGAGGAGCUCAGCCAGUCUCUCCACACCCUCCUGGCAAGCACCCACCCACUCUGGGAGACUGCUGAGGUGGUCCCCUUUGUUCUGCUAGAGAAGUGGGACAUUAUGAACUGCUUCCUGGAUGAGAUGGUGGGGGAAGGCUUCUAUCCGGACCAGAGCCACAUUGAGAGCCUGGCUGGGCAGCUCAGUUACUACAACACCACGGGAGGGGAGUUUGCUGUUACAGGCUGCAAGCAGGUGGUGGCCAAGGUCAACCUAUUGUAGUGGACACUGCACUCUUUCUGCACCCAUCCUCGCCUGUCCUCUUCACUCUUCUGUGGACUUUGAACAUACUAGCAUAGGGGAUGGCACCCAAGGACUCAGUCGCCCCUGUCCUACUCCAGGCUGUCACCUUUCCUGCUUUGCCUGUGUGGUUCCUGACUUGGACAGUGUUCCUAGGCUAUGCUCAGGAAUACUGCCUCUCGGGAUUUGGGGGUCAAAGUGCUGCUCGUGGGAGGAAGGCCAAGGCCUCUAUUUGUACAUGGGACUUUAUAGCUGCUUCCUCGAAGAUUGUCCCUAGGCUGGGGUAGCAGGCAUCUAGAUUGCUGGCUUCUAUGCAAAGACAAGACAUAUGAAGGAGCUUCAGGAGCUGAGGGAAGGGCUGGUGCUGGAGGCUGCAGGUCAAACUAGGGGAACUCUUCCCUACAUCCCGCCCCCCAAACUUCCCACUUCGUAAGACUGACAUUCAACACCUACUUGAUCACAGUGCCAGAUAUACUGCCCCACAGAACACCAAACCAGGUGGGGGGCAGUUGUCAAGACUCUUCCAUGACCUUCAAGAUUCCCAAUAAAUGUCUGUCUGGUCAUCUGUUUGAUUAGUGUUAAUGAUAUACAUGGGUUCAAACCUUCACCUUGUUUCUCCAGCCACAAACUUUGCUCUAACCCCAACUCCAGACUGAUCUGAUCCAGCCAAAGUGAGACCUGCAAACCUGGCCACAGACUAAUAGGCAACCCUGUGACCCCAGACUGAUCUGUAACCUUAGUCACAGGCUAGCCUUGACUACAGAUUGAAUCCCUACUGUGGUCACAGACUGGACUCUAACCCUAACUAACCACUUCUCAGGGUGUGAAUGUCAGAGUGCAACCCAUCCCCACUCUCUCCCUGAUGGGGGACAUCUUCAUUAGCCAAGGGUCAGUAUGUGAUUCAGGGGGCUAGUGGUUGGUAUGGAAGCCUUGAACAGAGUCACAAUACUGUACUCACAUCAUGUUUCUAAUUCUCCUUUCCACCUUCACAGAUUAAGGCUAUAUUGAUCCACAGUCAGGCAGUCAAUCAACAGGCAUUUAUAAAUCAUUAUGUGCCAGGUCCUCUGCUAAGUUGGGAAUACAACAAAAGGUAAAUAACAGGAUCCCAGCCUUCAAGGAACUCACAUUCUAAUAGGGGAGACAAUAUGCAAAUAACUGUGCACAUACCUUCUACUGGAAGCUUUCUCCAACCCCUCCUAAUUCUAGUACCUUCCUCCUGUUAAUUAUUUGCUAUUUAUCCUGUACAUAGCUUGUUGUCUGUGUAUUUCUUUGCAUGUUGUCUCCCUGUUAGACUGUGAGCUCCUUGUGGGCAGGGAUUGUCUUUUGCCUCUUUUUGUAUCCCAGAGUUUAGGACGAUGCUUUGCUGUACAAAGGUACUUAAUAAAUGUUUAUUAAUUUA